AUGGCCAGUAUCGAAAGCAUUAAUGAGGGAGUUGCCAUCAAUGGCCCCGUCAAGGACUCGUAUCGCAAGAUCCUUACCCCCGAGGCCACGGCUUUCCUCGCCCUCCUCCACCGAACCUUCAAUGGCACCCGCAAAGCUCUGCUCCAAAGACGAGUGAUUCGACAACAGGAGCUCGACAAGGGCAACCUCCCUGAUUUCCUCCCAGAAACCAAGCACAUUCGCGACAAUGACGCCUGGAAAGGUGCUCCUCCUGCUCCCGGUCUCAUCGACCGCCGGGUCGAGAUCACCGGACCAACGGAUCGGAAAAUGGUCGUCAAUGCUCUGAACAGCAAUGUGUGGACUUAUAUGGCCGACUUUGAAGACGCCCAAGCUCCCACCUGGGAUAACCAGGUUUCCGGCCAGGUGAACCUCUACGAUGCAAUCCGCAGGCAGAUUGAUUUCAAACAAGGGGAGAAAGAGUAUAAGCUCCGUACAGACCGGUCGGUUACGCUGAUCGCGAGACCAAGGGGCUGGCAUUUGGACGAGAAGCAUUUCACUGUCGACGGCGAGCCUAUCUCUGGCUCGCUGUUCGACUUUGGCCUGUACUUCUUCCACAAUGCCUUCGAACUGGUCAAGCGAGGCACUGGCCCAUACUACUACCUCCCUAAAAUGGAGUCUCAUCUCGAAGCGAGACUCUGGAACGAUGUCUUCAACCUGGCUCAGGACUACAUCGGCAUGCGGCGAGGCACAAUCCGGGGCACAGUUCUCAUCGAGACAAUUACCGCCGCCUUUGAAAUGGAUGAGAUCAUCUACGAGCUCCGCGACCACUCGGCUGGUCUGAACUGCGGCCGCUGGGACUACAUCUUCUCCGUCAUAAAGAAAUUCCGUCAGAACCCUAACUUCGUCCUCCCUGACCGAUCCGCUGUCACCAUGACCGUGCCCUUCAUGGACGCCUAUGUCCGUCUGCUCAUCAAGACCUGCCAUCGCCGUGGCGUGCACGCCAUGGGUGGCAUGGCCGCUCAGAUCCCCAUCAAGGACAAUCCCGAGGCUAAUGACAAGGCUAUGGAGAAUGUCCGACAAGACAAACUCCGUGAAGUCCGGGCUGGUCACGAUGGCACCUGGGUUGCUCACCCUGCCCUGGCAUCCAUUGCCUCCGAUGUGUUCAACAAGUACAUGCCCACCCCCAACCAGCUCUACAAGCGCCGCGAAGACGUCUAUGUCACAAAGAACGACCUGUUGAACAUGAACAUGCCGGGAACCGUGACCGAGGAUGGCAUCAGAAAGAACCUCAACAUUGGUCUCGGAUACAUGGAAGGUUGGCUUCGCGGCGUUGGCUGUGUGCCCAUCAACUACCUUAUGGAAGACGCUGCUACGGCUGAAGUCUCACGUUCGCAACUGUGGCAGUGGGUCAAGCACGGUGUCAAGACUGCCGAGGGCCGCACUGUCGACAAGGCUUACGCACUCAAGUUGUUGAGGGAGCAGGCGGAGGAAUUGGCGUCAAAGGCGCCCAAGGGUAACAAGUAUCAGGUCGCCGCUCGAUAUUUCGAGACUCAAGUGACGGGCGAAGACUAUGCCGAUUUCUUGACGAGUCUUCUAUACAACGAGAUCACUACGGUGGGAUCGUCACAGCCUGCGGCCAAAUUGUAA